AUGCCUCAAGAAAGGUGUUCUACGAAUGGUCUCUGUGAUAUUCUCCUCACAUGGAAAACCCCCCUGGCUGAAAGAGAAAAUAAAGAAAAGUCUGGGAUUAUGUUCCCGCUCAUGAACAAACCACUGAAGUUCCGAGAAGAGCCAUAUGAGGCUGAAAAAAGACUGAAACAUAUAAUGCUGGUUGUAAUAGAUAUUGCCAUGAGAACAUUAGCGCAGGCAAUAUUCAGAAGCAAGGUAAUAAAGCAGCUACUCCGUCAAAGUGGAACAAAAGAUCCAAUCAUCCAAGAAUUAGUUGCAGAUGACGUACGUGGAUAUAAUAAAGAUAUGGAACCGAAGCCAUGGGACCUCUUUCUGUACCAAGACAAUGAUCAACCAAUCUCAGAAGAAACAGUUAUAGCUGCAACAGUAACUUGUGGAACAUAUGGUUGUAUUAUCAUGGAACUCUUCCUGCAGCACCAAGGAGCGAACCUCCCGGUUUCUGAAGAUGUUGUCAAGGCAGUGGCAGGGAGUUUAUAUGAGGGGAGAAUCUCCCAGUCUCUGAAGAGGUGGUCAGGGAAGCUGCAAGGAAUAAUGGAGAUCAUGGACCUCAAGUCCUAG